CCCAAAUUGAGAAGCAAACCCUAGGAGGAGAGGAUCCUGAUCCAGAUCUAGAGAGGAAGGCAGAGUAGGGCAUGAGGAGAUGGCAAACGCGAACCAAGGGGGCGAUCUGGCGCCACUACCAAUCGUCCCUUGCCCAGAUUGCGGCAGGAACAUGGUGACCUACGUAGCUUGCUGGGGGCAGAACGCUGAUGAACAUUUCUACAAGUGCCGGAAUCACAACCCAUCGCGUGGGGGUUGUGAUUUCUACCGAUGGCAGGAGGCGUACGCGGACCAUCUAGCGUCGCUUGGGCCUGUCGCGCCACCAUUGGCGCAAAUCCAGCCACAGCCGCAGCAAGGUGGACAAUGCGGGGGAGUUCAAGAUCUGCAGAUGCCGCACGGUGGACAGCUGCAGCACAAUAGCAUGGCGGAUGGCACACAGUUUGUUUCUUCAGUCAGCGCAGUUACAGGAUACAUCCUCGUUGCGUUGCCUGCGGCUGCCUGCCAGGGGACUGUCAGGUUGGACCCCGCAUCUAUCAAUUUGGUGGUAUCUGUGGCGAGCCUGAUAGUUGGCAUGGCGAUACUUGUGUUGCUGGUGGCCGAUGUGGUCCUGCGCGUGCUGGGGUAGGCAGUAGUCCUGAUGAAUGAAAUGAUGGGUUAGCUUUCAGGGUUGUAAUGUGUAUCGUGUGUGGUGAUGAUGUAUCUUUUGUAAUGAUGAAGGUUUUAAUAUAUGUGGA